AUGGCGGAAGAUGAAGCGAUAUUCGAUCAGAGUUUGAAAAAGAAAAAGAAGAAGAAGAAGACCACUUUCGACAUCGAUGCAGCCUUGAAUGCCGAUGGUGGCGGCGGUGGCGGAGGAGGCGGCGAAAACGAGGCGGACUUGGGAGAAAAUAAUUCGCAGGCUGGAGCCGACGAUCUGGACGAUUCCGCGGCCGACAUCGACCUGGACUUCACCAAAGCGAAAAAAAAGAAGAAGAAGAAACCUUUCGCCGCCUCCGACGAUCUAGACGGCUUCGACGGCAAACCGGAGGCCGACGAUCGACAAGAUGGCGUCCAUCGCGGCGAUCAAGAUGGCGGCCAAGAGGACAACUUCGAUCUCGAAUUGGACUUUAGCCUUAGCAAGAAAAAGAAGAAGACGAAGAAACCGAAGAAUCUGGACGAAUUGAUAGCGGAAACCGAGGAAAAGGAGGAGGACCAAGAGAAUGGCUGCGCUUUGGUCGAGUCUAUAUCGGAAACAGUGGGCGAGAACCGAGCCUUAUGGGCGCACUCCGAUCGCGACUACACCUACGACGAGCUGCUGGACAGGGCGUUCGAGAUAAUGCGCGACAAGAAUCCCGACAUGGCGGCCGGCAAGAAGCAGAAAUUCGUGAUGAGGCCGCCCCAAGUGGUGAAGAUCGGCGCGAAGAAGACGUCGUUCGCGAAUUUCACGGAGAUCUGCAAGAUGUUGCACAGGCAGCCCAAGCAUCUGUUGGACUUUCUGCUGGCCGAAUUGGGUACCAGCGGGUCCGUCGACGGGAACAACCAGUUGAUUAUCAAAGGGAGGUUUCAGCAGAAGCAAAUCGAGAACGUGUUGAGAAGGUAUAUCAAAGAAUACGUGACCUGUCAUACUUGUCGUUCUCCAGAUACGAUAUUACAAAAAGACACGAGGUUGUUCUUUUUGCAAUGCGAAACCUGCGGUUCUAGGUGUUCCGUGGCUUCCAUCAAAUCUGGUUUCCAGGCCGUCACGUCAAAACGAGCUGCAAUCCGAGCCAAAACGGCGUAA